CACCCCUUACCGGAAGCUGACAGUCAUAUGAUUUUUUUUCCCCCGUCAGUUUCCUUGUUAGCCAGCGUCAGUACUAGCCAACAAAACAACCGUGAUACUUUUUUUUUAGUUCUUCUGUGUUGUCCUCUUUUUUUCGGGAGUUAAACGUAAUCAUCUUUCAUUUACAAAGUCAUGGACGAGACGAGCCCGCUCUUCUCUCCGCUUCGGGACUCCGGUGAUUUCAGUUACUGUCCCGUAGAGCCCACUAGUCCGCGGGGCGGUUUCGGAGGGACACCGGGUUCUGUGGUGCGCAUCCCGGCUGGCAGUCCGGGACGCAGCCAGCCGCUGCUGGACCGGGACCGUGGGAACCCUCAACGGGACCAGCACAGGAACGAAUUCCCGGAGGAUCCCGAGUUCAGAGAGAUCAUCCGAAAGGUUGAGCGAGCCAUAGAAGAGGGGAUCUACCCGGAGAGGAUCUACCAGGGCUCCAGUGGAAGCUAUUUUGUCAAAGAUUCUCGGGGGAAAAUCAUCGGCGUGUUCAAACCUAAAAAUGAAGAGCCCUAUGGCCAGCUGAACCCCAAGUGGACCAAGUGGCUCCAGAAACUGUGCUGUCCCUGCUGCUUUGGCCGCGACUGUUUGGUGCUGAACCAGGGUUACCUCUCAGAGGCCGGGGCCAGCCUGGUCGAUCAGAAACUGGAGCUAAACAUUGUCCCCAGGACCAAGGUGGUUUACUUGGCUAGUGAAACAUUCAACUACAGUGCCAUAGACAGGGUCAAGUCUCGAGGAAAAAAGCUAGCCCUAGAGAAGGUGCCUAAAGUGGGCCAGCGCUUCCACAGGAUUGGACUGCCACCCAAGGUUGGUUCCUUCCAGCUCUUUGUUGAUGGGUUCAAUGAUGCAGAUUUCUGGUUGCGGAAGUUCGAAGCAGAGCCUUUGCCUGAAAACACCAACCGCCAGCUCCAGCUCCAGUUUGAACGGCUUGUAGUCCUUGAUUACAUCAUCAGGAACACAGACAGGGGAAAUGAUAACUGGCUGCUGAAGUACGACUGUUCCAUGGACAAGGACACAGACUGGAUGGUAGUAAAUGAUCCCGUCAUCAAGCUGGCAGCCAUAGACAAUGGCCUGGCCUUCCCCCUCAAACACCCUGACUCCUGGAGAGCCUACCCGUUCUACUGGGCGUGGCUUUCCCAAGCCAAAGUUCCUUUCUCUCAGGAAAUCACAGAGCUCGUCCUACCCAAACUCUCGGACCCAAAUUUCAUCAAAGACCUGGAAGAGGACCUCUACGAAUUAUUUAAGAAAGACCCCGGUUUCGACAGAGGACAGUUCCACAAACAAGUAGCCGUAAUGAGAGGACAGGUCCUGAACCUGUGCCAAGCCCUAAAGGAUGGUAAAACACCCCUCCAAUUGGUCCAGAUGCCCCCAGUAAUUGUCGAAACAGCUAGAGCACCUCAGAGAGCCAAUGAGUCCUACACACAGAGUUUCCAGAGCAGAAAGCCCUUCUUCACCAGGUGGUAGGAACAGAACAACAAAGAGAAAGAGGAAAAAGG